CUUAAAGCCGGGGACAUAUUCCAUCUUUCAACUCUUCUAUUACUCCCCACUCAUCGACGUCGAGAUCUCUUCACUUCUUCGACAAAUAUCACAACCUCUGUACUCUCUCUCAGUCAACCAACAAACCAAAUCACAAACCAAAUCACCACACAAAUAAAUCACUAUGGCUCGCAACCGAUCCGCAGGCCGCCCCGCGCCUCGCCCUGUCGCCCGUCCCACCGUAGCCCCCAAGGCCGCGCCCACCCAGCAGACCCGACCCGCCGCGACAUACGCAGCUCCGACGCAACACGGCCCAGGCGCCGCGGCACCUCCAGCUGCGCAGGGCUCGCAGGGUCCCGGUCUUUUCGGCCAGAUGGCCAGCACUGCUGCCGGUGUAGCAGUCGGAUCCUCCAUCGGCCACGCAAUCGGCGGUUUCUUCGGCGGCGGUUCCUCCGCCCCGGCUGAGGCCGCUGCUCCCGAGCAGACUAACGCGCAAUCGCAGAACUCGCAGUGGGGCAACAACUGCGCUGGCGCUACGACGAACUUCACCAAGUGCAUGGACGAUAACCAGGGAAACAUGCAAAUUUGCGGAUGGUACCUCGAACAGCUCAAGGCUUGCCAGGCUGCUGCUAGCCAGUACUAGAUGCUUAAUAGAAGGGGAGUGUAUGGUGUUGGGCUGCGUAGUGGAUGAAGAAUGAACGACGUGCAUGAACACGUAGUUCGAUGUCCUUGGACGAGCAAUCUUGCACAUUGACGGUAUAGGGCCGGUUCAAGAAAAGUGGAACGCAUUGUUCACCGAGCACCGAGUAGAGGAUUUGGAGGGAGGGUAUUACGAUUAAAAGAAACUCCUACCAAGUGUACAACAUGAUCAACCUAUCCGUUCCCAGAUUGCCACAAUAGUUUCUCUUGUCCGUCUAUAUGCUGUGGAAACGAUCCGUCUCAUCACGCAUUUAGUCAGUCGACUCGUCCUCAUCUCUGCGAGGCUCGAAACUCAACUACGAAAUGUUAAUAAUCCAUCCUC